AUGGGCAACUUGUUAGAGAGAAAAGUCUGCUCUAGUAAAUUUUGUGCUUGUAAAUCUCUGAUCAUUCUAAUCAAAUCUGCUCAAGUGCGCUCGAGUUCUGAAUUUCUGGCUUUUCUGCAGGAAAAUAAUAUAGGAAGCAGGAAAUGGCGGGGAUCAGUCGGAGGCAUUGUUGAUGCACCCAUAGACGAAGUGUGGACUAUGGUGUCUCAGACUAGUAGAUUAUCUGAAUGGAUGCCAAUGGUCGAAAGAUGCACUGAUUUGGCCGGAGAAGAAGGUUUGCCUGGCUAUGUUCGACUAGUUUCUGGCUUCAUGUUCCCACAACCAGAUGGAGAUAGGUCAUGGAUCAAGGAAAGGCUAGUUUCAAUGGAACCAUCAUCACAUAGUUACGUUUACAGAAUGGAGGCAAGCAAUAUAGGUUUAGAUGGCUCUGUAAAUUCACUGAAGCUUAUAGAUUAUGAGGAUGAUUCGACGCUAGUUGAUUGGUCAUUUGAGAUAAAUCCUCUAGAAGGCGUGUAUGAGGACAACAUAAUAGAUUAUCUAGGAUUUCUAUAUAAAUCUUGUAUCAAUAGGAUCGAGGGUGCCAUAAAAGCUGCAGCUAAAAAGUGUGUGCAGGAAAGCACACAAACAUAA